GUCGUCCCAAGGUUGUGAAUAAGAAGCGAGUCUAUUCCGUUACGAGCCCAUCUGAACUGUUUCCACGCCAUCCCAUCUCUUUCUGACAGCUGCAUCCAACUUAUUUUCUUUACUUGUUUAUUUGUUUUCUCAGAGCCCUGGUUGGCCUUUUCUUCUAUCCAUCGUCUAAUAAACGCAGUUUCCUUAUACCCACCCGCCCGCUAUUCACUCCACAAGAUGUACGCCAGCCAGGUCUUCGCUUUCCUCCUUGUAGCGGCCGCCGCUCUCACCGAAGCUCGUGCCAUUGAGCCCCGUCAAAUUGGCAACCUCAGCUGCAACCUCGCCCGCUUGAAGAUCGUGGGCGCCAUCUCGUCGACCAAGAACAGCGUCGGCGAUAUCCAGGACCCGGCCGUCAAGGACGCCGCGGCGGCCGGCCUCAAGCAGGCCAACGACGGGAUCAGCAACAUUGCGAGCGCUCUGCUCACCGGCGAAAAAGCGGCGGCGGAGGACCGCGACGCCGUGGCUGCCGGACUCCAAGCAACCGACACGGCUCUGCAAGGAGGCGACCAGACCGAUGACGCAGUAAAGAAGGCAGGAGAUUCCCUCCAGAAGGCGGUUGCUGCUGGACAAGACGUCGUCUCUGAAUGCAAGUGAUUGCUUAGGGUUAGCAAGGAAAUACUUAAUAAAUUCUUAUUCCAAGUACCAUCUUCAGGUAUACCGCCUUGUUGGUUUCUGAGACGUAGCCCC